UGCCUGCCUGACGUGUGUACAGACCUGUUAAGUCUGCCUCACCCGUGUAGCUGCAGGAUGGAGAGACUAGGGAAAAAUAGGUAGAGAGGGUGGGGGCGUAGACCUGUGAGCCUCGUUGUGGCGUUUCCUAUCCCGGAUUAACUCACUGACGGAGAUGUUGUUGAGCACCUGCCAACUCAGGCCUCGCUUUCCUGCACCACAACACCAGGGAAGGACUGAGGAGAUGGACAAACAGGGCAUAAUGGGACCUACAGGCUAGAUAUCAGGUCAAAAUGUAGAGCAACGUAGAAAUGGGGUCCCUGGAUGCCCCACGGCACUCCGUCCUCGCUCGCCCUCCCGAUGGCCGGCAGCUGACCCCGCCCCCCAGGAUGACGGUGAGAGAGCGGCUGCGAGAGAAGAUCUCGGCGGCGUUUUACCGCCAUGGGCUGCUUUGCGCUUCCUAUCCGGUGCCCAUCAUCCUCUUCACCUCUGCCAGUAUUCUCGCCUGCUGUUACCCCCUGCUGCGGCUGCCUCUGCCGGGGACCGGGCCGGUGGAGUUCACCACACGGGUCCGAGAUUAUACCGUCCCUUCCCAUGAGCCCCAGGGAGACCUCGGCGAGCGGCCUGACUGGUAUCGGGGUCCUCCGGUGGCCUACAUCCAACAGGUCCUGGUGAAGGCAGCUGUGUCUCCCUGGGACAGUACGCUGGUCCCUGUGGACGUGUUCCGCUCCCCACUGGGCCGCGUAUUCAGCCUGCUGGAGGAGAUCCGCAACCAUGUACACAACGAUGGUUCUGGGGUCAGGAGCCUGGAGGCACUCUGCCUGCAGGUGACGGACCUGUUGCCGGGGUUGCGGCGUAUGCAGACAGUGCUGCCGGAGCAUGGUUGUCUGCUGGUCUCCCCCGGCAACUACUGGCAGAACCAGCGGGAGCUGUUUGACUCUGACCCCGACCUGCUGAAGACCGUCCACCAGCACGAACCCAAAGGACUGCACACCUCCGCCACACUGAGAGACCUGCUGUUUGGCGUCCCGGUGAAACACACAGGGGUGAGUCUGUACAGCAGGAAGAGGGUGGUCACCUACACCAUCACCAUGGUCCUGGGCAGCUACGACGCCAGGUUCCUGUCUAGCCUGCGGGCACGUCUCCGCCAGCUGCACCCCUCGGUGAACUGCAGCCUACGCGAGGACCACAUGGUGCACGUGCACUUCAAGGAGGAGAUAGGCAUGGCCGAGCUCAUCCCCCUGGUCACCACCUACAUCAUACUUUUCGCCUACAUCUACUUCUCCACACGUAAGAUUGACAUGGUGAAGUCAAAAUGGGGCUUGGCGCUGGCUGCCGUGGUAACAGUGCUCAGCUCUCUGCUUAUGUCUGUGGGGCUCUGCACCCUGUUCGGCCUGACGCCCACACUCAAUGGAGGUGAGAUCUUCCCAUAUCUGGUGGUGGUGAUAGGGCUGGAGAACGUCCUGGUUCUCACCAAGUCUGUGGUGUCCACCCCUGUUGACUUGGAGGUCAAACUACGCAUCGCUCAGGGCCUUAGUAAUGAGAGCUGGUCUAUCAUGAAGAACAUGGCCACAGAGCUGUGCAUCAUCCUCAUAGGAUAUUUCACCCUUGUGCCUGCUAUCCAGGAGUUCUGUCUGUUUGCUGUGGUGGGCCUGGUGUCUGACUUCUUCCUUCAGAUGUUUUUCUUCACCACAGUUCUUUCCAUUGACAUCCGACGCAUGGAGUUGGCCGAUCUGAACCGCCGUCUCCCGGCCGAGGCGGGGAUGCCCCCUCCCAAACCGGGCCCCCUGCGCCCUCGGGAGGCGCCUCCUCCCCCACGGCCCUCGCCCUACACCAUCACCCUGCAGACGCCCGCCUUCAGGAACCUGCGUCUGCCCAAGAGGCUCCGUGUGGUCUACUUCCUGGCCCGCACACGUCUGGCCCAGCGCUUCAUCAUGGUGGGUACAGUGAUCUGGAUUGGCAUCCUGGCCUACACGGACCCCGCUGGCCUCCGUACCUACCUGGCAGCCCAGGUGUCUGAACAGAGCCCCCUGGGGGAGGGCGGGGCCGGGGGUCUGCCCCCCCACCUGGGAGUAGCCUCGGUCUUCCCUGGACCAGGAGGGGACCCCGCCAGCACCCUCAGUGUCCUCCCUGCCCCCGCUGAACCCACCCCACUUCCAGAGAACCAGUCCCAGGGUCACCACGGGGCCCCCAGGGAAGGAGUACCCCACCAGGCCCAGGCCCCACCCCUGGUGCCCCAGAUCAGCUGGGGGGCGGAGGAUGAGGAGGGCUGGAGGAGGCUGUCUUUCAGACACUGGCCCUCGCUCUUCAGCUACUAUAAUAUUACUCUGGCCAAGAGAUACAUCAGCAUCCUGCCUGUCAUUCCCGUCACGCUUCACCUGAGCCCCCGGGAGGCCAUCGAGACGCGUCACCCCCAGGACACACGCCACCCCCCGCCACCCAGCCUCAAAACUAACGACCUACCCGCAGACCUCACGCUCUACAAGGUAGCAGCUCUGGGCCUGGCGGCAGGGGUUCUGCUGGUGCUGCUGCUCUUCUGUCUCUACCGGGUCCUCUGUCCCCGCAACUACGGCCAGAACGGAGUGGCCCAUGGACGCCGUCGCCGCGGUGACCUGCCCUGUGACGACUACGGCUACUCGCCACCCAUCAGCGAGAUCUCCCCCCUGCUGCUGCGUGGACACAGCAUGGAUAUAGAGUGUCUGGCGAGUGAUGGCAUGCUGUUGGCCAGUUGUUGUCUGGCAGGACAGAUCCGUGUGUGGGACGCUCAGACUGGAGACUGCCUCACUGUCAUUCCUAAACAUGGGCUGCGGCGGAGUAGUAGCAGUGGCUGCUGGGAACAACGGGAUGGCUGGGACGCCGUGGGUGUGGCCGAACCUGAGAAUCUGGGAGGCGGGACAGAACCAGGGGGCAGGGUUUUCGAUGAGGAUGAGGGCUAUCCCCUCAGGCGGCGGACCACCCCACGCCCGGCCCUCUUUGAGGACCAACCCGACCUCACCCCCCUCAUCGACACCAACUUCGACUCCCAGCCCCCCUCCCACCUCCUCCUCACCCCGCCCAGGGAUGGCUUUGACUUCGGUGGGCUGGUGGAGAGAGCCUACCUAGAGCACGAGCCUCCCUCGCCGGGCCUCACUGCCUCCUACCCCUCUCCCUCCCCCCCAUCGGGACCCCCUCCCCAGAGGAGACGCAGCCUGGGGUACAUCCAGCCCCCUGUUCCACAGGGCCAGGGAACCCCGGACUGGGAAAGCGCCGUGUGGGCCAUGGAGCUUCGGGGGAACCUCAUCGCUGCUGGGAGGAGCAGCGGCAAACUGGAGCUGUGGGAUGCAGUGGAGGGCUCGUUACGCUGCAGUAAUGAAGACGGCGUCUCGGGGAUCACGGCCCUGGCCUUCCUCAACAACAGGAUCGUGGCGGCCAGACUCGACGGCUCUCUAGACUUCUUCACUGUCGACAUCAACAAGCCUCUGGGCUUACUGCAGUACAGAGGUCCUCCCGGGCGUAGUAACAUACCGCCCUCGCCCUGCUACAGCAGUGAGGAUGUGAUCUCAUGCCAGCUGACGCGCUCGGUGCAGUGUGCCCACCAGAAACCCAUCACGGUGCUGCGAGCCGCUGCCGGCAGAGUGGUCACUGGCAGCCAGGAUCACACGGUCAGGGUAUAUCGUCUGGAGGACUCAUGCUGUCUCUUCACGCUCCAGGGCCACUCUGGGGGAAUCACUGCCAUCUACAUAGACCAGACCAUGGUUCUGGCCAGUGGGGGGCAGGACGGAGCAAUCUGUCUGUGGGAUGUGCUGACGGGCAGCCGGGUGAGCCACGUGUACGGUCACCGCGGCGACGUGACCUCGCUGGUGUGCACCACAUCGUGCGUGAUCAGCAGCGGCCUUGACGACCUCAUCUGCAUCUGGGACCGCAGCACGGGCAUCAAGCUCUACUCCAUACAGCAGGAGGUGGGCUGUGGUGCUAGUCUGGGGGUCAUCUCUGAGUCUCUCCUGGUGACAGGGGGCCAGGGCUGUGUGUCCUUCUGGGACCUGAACUUCGGGGACCUCCUCCAGACGGUCUACCUGGGCCAGAGCAGCGACGGCCAAGGGGUCCGCCAGCUUGUGGUGCUGAACAACGCCGCCAUCGUCUGCGACUUUGGCUCCGAGCUCAGCCUGGUCUAUGUACCCUCGGUGCUGGAGAAGCUGGACUGAGCAGUAGCAGAACUAGGACAGGCGCCACACAGUGGCCUGUAGAUGAAAUGGUCAGUGCUGACAAUGGGGAUACCUGAAAACGCAACUCAUUUUGGCCCUACACUACGCUGCAGUUGGACAAUCUUCUUGGAAAGAGUUGACAUGAUUGGCUAAUUUAGAUCCUUAGCACUUCACCCGAUUAGGUGGGAGGGCAUUUCUAUAGCAAUACAUAACGUUUUUUAUAAAGCUAAUGUCUGGUUGGAGAGACAGAUGUACAGACAGACAGACUUACAAGUGGUCAACCUGCCACAGGGUGAGGUCUGUCUGACCAGAAAGAUGACCCUUGACCUUGUUAGUAGCUCAGGGGGUUUGUAUCCAAGGGGUUACCAUCCAACAAUCAGUCUGUCACUGCACUCUAUGAUGCUGUCAUUGGAGGAGUGUUUGAUACCACGCCAGCCAAUCAGUGUGGCAGGCUCAUGUCAUGAGGUCUAAGGGCUGUUGGGCUAAGCUAAGCAGUUACUAGCAUGUGUGUGUUUUGUGUCCUGGGAAAGAAACAGUCCCUUUUAUGGUGAAAACACUGCUGACAAAAAUCCUUCAUUAUUGUGUGUGUGUGUGAGAUAACUGGAUACGAUUACUGUAAUGAAAUGCACCUUGAGAGGGGGUUGUUUUUAUGUUUAAAUCUAUUUAUUAGUGAUACAUUUUAAAGUAACAAUUUGAGAUGUGCAUAAUAUAAUGUGCAGAUGUCAUAAAUGUAGGGUUAGAUUUGUUUAUUUUUUAAAACAUUGGUUAUGAUGAAUAUUUGUAAUAUGAAUAUUUUGGAACUGAAGUGUUUUCUUGUAGUUGGAGAUUGAGGGGGGGAGGUUCCUUGCCUUACCAAGCCUCAGGCUCUGAUCUUAGGGCUACUGUUGCUGUAAGAGGACCCAUCUGGGCCCCUAAGAGCCCUUUUAGCUGUAGGAGGCUCUAUACCUCUACACUUUCUGCUUGAAUUUGAGAUGUGCAUCUGAAGGUGUGGCAGCUCUACAUUUGCUGCUCUCUUCCCAUGUUGACUGGGCCCAGGAGAAAUGUCAGAACAUUUGAGAUUGUGAAUACAUUCAAUUGCACUGUUUUACGUUAGUAACAUUGUCAUGCUACCAUUGUAUAUGUCUUGUUCUCUGACUAAAAGGUUCCAUUGGGGAAAUCACGUUACUUUUUACAUGCCUAAAAUGGCUUCCUCUUGAAAAACAUCUCACAACUGAGUUUCUCUGUCUGUUUUUUCCCAAUACAAUGAAACUGUCUCUUUACUUUCCCUUAUUUCUUAUCUCUGUAAUUCUCUGCUUGUGAGUUUGAGAACCCUAUCAGGCAUAACAGGAGAGGAUGGGUAGUGUACCAGUAAUGUGGUGAUAACUCCACCUUGGCCCAGCCAGUCUUUAAGUGAGCAAAGGAGUCAGCGAGGGCCUCAGACUAGGAAUAUGAGGAGUUUGAUGGUACCCUCUAGCUUGGACUCCCUCUACUAACUCAACCUUUCUUCCAGCCCCUUAGCUCUGAGUGACCGUAGCGCUAGCCUGCAGACACACGCAAUGCAGAGAGCGUGUAGUGGGCUUGACAUUAGCCUACUUGGUUACUUACACCCAUAGCUGAAUGUAGAUCCGUGACGCUUGAUAUUGAAAAGCAAAUCCCCUCAACUUCUACAUACAGAAAUAUAACACACUAACUUGUGCACUAACUCUUAACCCUCUGAAAUGCACACACACACACUUUGAAACAUAAUGUAUAGAAAGACAUUCAGAAACACACACAUCAGACUUGUGAAUGCAGGGUGGACAGCUUUAGUCAAGUGUUGCGACGUCUCCUGGUUUAUCAAUAACAUGAAUUGAAGACAAACGAAAACCCAGACGGACUGGAGUUGUGCUCCCAUGUUCUAUUGUAACAUUUCUCAUUUAUUUUGUGUAAAUAAUAGCUAAAUGCUUUAGAGUGUGUAGAUUCACUUCUAAUUUGAAGAUCAUUUUUUACUUCCUGACCAAAUGGUCUCUUUCUGGCAGUGUGGUAGGGGUUGAUGAUGAUGACUUGGGUCUCUAAGGAAUGAAUGUUGAAGGAUGUAAAAUAUGGUUGUGUUCCAAGUCCUUUUAAGCUGCCUUUCCUUAUCUCCUUGCUUGCAAAUAAUGUUAUUUAACAGACAUCCAUCCAUUGCAGCAGUUCACACACAUUCAGUCACAAUAUGUGGCCUAUGCAGGAAUUAAACCGCACAACUGGUAUUGCGAGCACUAUGCUCCAAACAUUAGAACGUUUAUGGAACAGGACCUUUCUUACAUAUGUUUCCCAGUGUUCUGCCACUGUACUAUCAGUAGUGAUGAAAGGAGAUGAGAAGGGAAGCAUUUAAGAUAAUUGGAACACAGCCCAUGUCCCCUUGAUCUGUUCCUUUUGGUCCUACAAAAUUGUUGACGGAGGGAGGGGCAGAGAGAAACCGGUGUAAAUAUUGUUUUUGUGGAAUCAUAGGCCUGCUCUGCCCCCCCUCCGCCCUUCGGUUGGCUAGGGUACACAGACUAGUGGCGGUAGCAAAUGUUCUGGACUAUUUUUAACACGGGAGCAAAACUUUGUACUAAUUUCCAAAUAAAGAGGCUUUGAUACCUUG